CCUCACGUGGCACUUCAUAUGGCACGGUGACAGCAUACAACUGGAGCAAUCACCUCCGCCGCCACAAUGCAUUCAACCAUACGCCCCAAUACGCACGUUGCGCUGCGACUGCCCUCGGGUCUCUUCAAGAUCCUGGAAACCACCCCGAAUACGUACGUCGCAUGAGUUGUUGGCGAGCAUAAAUCUUGGAAAAUUUGGAACCUUCAACUCGAACCUGAUAAUUGGGCGACCCUACUACCUCACCUACGAGCUCCUCGAUAGGGAUGACGGUCGGUCAAAGACGGAGUUGCGCGUGGUGCCGGCCGCAGAGCUCCACGCUGAGGCUCUAGGGGACGAAUAUGCGCCACCCGCCGAAGCGACCGAGGAAACUGUCGAAAGCGGCGCAGGAUAUGACAUCGUGGGAGAGGAUGGCGAGGUCAUCAUGCGCAACAAUCGGCUCACAAUCGACGAUGCAUCACGGCAGAAGUUGUCGAUGGAAGAAAUUGAGGAACUGAAAAAGGCUGGCACCGGGUCUGGCAAGGACAUAAUCGCAAAGAUCAUGGCGUCGCAUAAUGCCAUUGGCGAGAAGACGACAUUCUCACUAGCAAAGUAUACUUUGCGCAAGUCGCGGAAGUAUCUGAAGCGCUUCACAGCUCUACCAAUGGACGUGGGAGUGCUCACUGAGUAUGUGCUGGAGAAGGAGGCAUACAAGAUUAUGGAGCUACGGGAGGACCUGUUAGGAUUGAUUUGUAGCUGGGCUAACAUCCACUGCGGCGCCACGAGCCGCGUCCAGACUGCGGAAGAUAGCGUCAGUCAAAUUGGUGGAGGCCGAUGGCUAGUCGUGGACGAUACUGGAGGAUUGGUCACUGCUGCGCUUGCAGAGCGAAUGGGCGUACUAUACCCUGAUGACGACGAGGAAGAAGUCUCCGAGGAAGAGGAGGUGAAAGUUCAGCAUGAAAAUGGUGCGACAGAGACGACACAGAACGUUGAAGAGAUUGAUGCAGACACUGCGAUGCCAGAUGCAGAUGGGGAUGCAGAUGCGACGACCGUAGCCACCUCCGAUCCAUUGAAACCUAGCGAUACGUCAGCAGCCACAUCAUUACCUCGCAAACCAGUCCGCCCUCAUAUCCCACAAAUGUCUGCGCGGGCCAAUACCCUCACCGUCCUCCACGCCAACAACCAACCCAAUCUCUCCUACCUCAAAUACUUCGGCUAUGACUACGGUGCACCCGCCCCAUCACAUCCCCUCUACAAACAUCUCAAGUCUGUAUCAUGGCUUUCCCUCCUGCACCCCGAAGACGAUCCACAAUACGACGAACCUGAAAUCAUCAGCGACGAAGUCCUUGCCACAAUGAAGAGCAGCAAAAGAGGCACGUACUACCGCAAACGGAGAAGAUGGGAGCGCGUGAAGAAUGUGGUGGACGAAGCGAGAGCAGGUGGCUAUGACGGCUUGGUUGUAGCGACAGCUAUGGAUGCCAAGACCGUGCUGAAAGAGCUGGUGCCGUUGGUCCGAGGUGGUGGAAAGAUUGUCGUCUACAACCAGAACGUCGAACCACUCGUCGAGCUAUGUGAUUACUAUAGCAAAGAGCGACGGGCGGCGUUCAUCGCGAGGGAAUUCGGACCGCCACCAAAUUCGAAACAAACGAAUGGCAAGAAACACAGGAUCGAGGAUGACGUGGAGAGCACGACAGACGGCGGGAACGAGGAAGACGAUUUCCCGCUCAAUCCGACAUUGCUGCUUGCGCCCAGCUUGCAGACUGCGCGUGCACGACAGUGGCAGGUAUUGCCUCAACGAACGCAUCCUAUGAUGACGAGUCGAGGUGGCGCAGAGGGGUAUAUCUUCACAGCGACGCGAGUCUUGCCAAUUGAGGGACGGGUUGAAGCUCGAGGCCACCACGGGAAGAAGAAGAGAAAGGUCGAGGCAGAGCCUAUUGUACAGUCAUAA